AGCUAUUUAAUUAUCUGUUGUAUUAAAUAAGACACGUAAACGGACCAGUGUUGGCCUGGGCACACAUCGGGGAUGACAAUCAACAAAACACACAUCGGCCUAUAGGAAGAUCAGCAGUGUAGCCUUGUAUACCGCGAGGUUCAUUAUCAACGUUGACCAUGACAUUCCGCUUUGAUUUGCUCGUGUUUCUCGGCGUCUGCCUCGCGAAGUUGCCUGCUCUCGUUGCCGGAGAGGCUUUGGGGGACGUGCCAGCGUGUGACAGUGAAAUCUAUUGCGAUGGACCCCUGCUCGAAGCGGCCCAGGAUGCCUACGUGUACAACGACUCCAAGACAUUCGUGGACUUGCACAUGAAGCAUGACCCAGACGUGAUUCUGGAUGCUUUUGGAAACCUGUCCGAUCCGUUGGACAGAGAUGUCAUGAAGAGUUUCGUGGAGGCAAACUUCGACGGGCCGGCCACGGAGUUUACUGACUGGACCCCGACGGAUUGGAACCCUAGCCCUGCAAUGUUCGAGAAAAUUAACGACGAAAAGCUUAGGGCUUGGGCUUCCGAUCUGAACGAUCUUUGGAAAGAGCUCGGCAGGCAGAUUAAAGACGACGUGAGAGACAACGCCGACCGUUAUUCGCUCAUGUAUGUCAACCAGCCAUUUGUCGUGCCAGGUGGUCGCUUCAGGGAAUUCUAUUACUGGGACUCGUACUGGAUUAUCAAAGGGUUACUCCUGUCCGAAAUGACAGACACGGUGAAGGGAAUGCUGUCUAACUUCGUCUCGAUGGUGGACACACUUGGUUUUGUUCCUAAUGGUAACCGGGUCUACUACCAACGCAGGAGCCAGCCUCCGUUCCUCAUCCCGGCGGUCAACGAGUACCUCAAGGCGACCAAUGACUUCGCGUUCGUCCAGUCAAUCCUCCCGUCCCUGCAGAAGGAAUACGAGUUCUGGAUGACCAAUCGGACUGUGGUGGUCACCAAGCCUCAGGCAGGCUCCGUGAGCCACACACUGAACCGCUACAACGUCUUCAUGGGAAAACCACGACCAGAAUCUUAUCGAGAAGAUGUGGAAACUGCAUCGGAACUAUCGCAAGCUGAAGCGGCAGAGCUAUAUUCCAACCUGGCCUCGGCGGCCGAGAGCGGCUGGGACUUCUCCAGUCGGUGGUUCGGCGAGCAGGGCACACUGCGAUCCAUCCGCACCAAAGAAAUAGUGCCGGUGGAUCUGAACAGCAUCCUGUGCCUCAACGAGAAACUGAUGGCUGACUUUUACGAAAGGGCGGGUGAUACAUCAAAGGCUGCAGAAUUCCGAACCGCCCACCAAGCGAGGCGAGCGGCGAUCCGUGAUAUCUUCUGGAGUGACACGUCCGGCGCGUGGCUUGAUUACGACCUGAAGUCCUCCGCCAACAACAACCAGUUCUACCUCUCGUGUGUCGUGCCGAUGUGGGCGGGCUGCUACGGGGGAGACGAAGGCGGGGAGGAAGAAACCGAAAGGGCCGUGAUGAAUUAUCUAAAGGCAGAGGGCGUUCUAGACUUUCCAGGGGGUGUGCCGACCUCUUUAAAACAGAAUACGGGUCAGCAGUGGGACUACCCCAACGCGUGGCCUCCGCUCCAGCACAUGCUCAUCGAAGCGCUGGCCAACAGCCGGCUGGAUGAGGCUAAGCAGUUGGCCUUUGACCUGGCCCAGAAAUGGACGCUGACCAACUUCCUUGCGUACGAGGAGAAGAAAGUGAUGUACGAAAAGUAUGAUGUGACCAAUCAGGGUGUCCCAGGCCAUGGAGGUGAAUAUGGAGUGCAGGCUGGCUUCGGAUGGACCAACGGCGUCAUUCUAACCUUGCUCGACCAAUACGGAGACAGACUACGGUCAGAUGUCCAAAUGACCACGCCCCCAGGAAAAAUGACCACGCCCCCAGGCACUACAGUGACCAGCACAGGCAUCAAGCCACGCCCAUAUUUCGGCACUUUGGUACAAGUUGCACUUGGGCUCAUGUUGCUUUUGCUGUGUUCAUUGUAAAAAAAAAUGUGAUUCAAUUAAAGAUACAUCAUUUAAUAAUUAUGAAAUAAAAGCUAUGACAUUGUAUUAAAUUCCCACAUUCUCUUUCUAAAUGAAUGUCCUUACAGAUUAAAGUGGCUAUAAUAUGUACGAGUGUACACGAGUGUACAAUAAACCUGGGAAAAAAACAAUUCUUGAAUAUUAAUUAUCUUCAUUGUCGUACCCAUAAGGCACGUUUUUGGUUUAUAUAUGGAAAUUUACUAUGAAUAUUGAGUAUGUCACCAAGAGCACUGUGAGCUGCAUUUUACAGAUAGGCAUGAAGGGACCCUGAUGAAUACCUUUUUUUUUUAAAUUAAGUCCCUGACCUAUUAGUUAUUCGUUUGUGUUUUACUGGGUGCUUAGUAAUAGUAAAGUUCUUCAUAGGAAUGUUUGCGUCGGGGUGAUGUAAAUCAAAUUAGGUUUUUGCCCUUCACCGAUGUAUAAAUAUUGCAUACUCAGUGUGAUACCUCCCGAGUGAAAGUUGGAAAAAAAAUCACUCGGGUGGUUCUCGAACCCACGACCUCCUGCUUUCUAGUAGUAAACUUGCCCCAAAAUCUUUUGCGGUGUACCAUAUUAUUGGGUUUUGCACUGUGAGUGCUGCCAAGAAACAACUUGUGCUUGCUUAUUUUUUUGCAUCACUUAAUGCAUUUUGACUAAUCGACAUCAACCCUAUGUGUCAGAAAAUAUGAAAAGUUUUACACAGCAGAAAAGAAGAAGGCACACAUAGAUUUAUCAUGAUUUAAGCUAAACAAGUGCGAGUGCACAAUAAGCUCUGGCCGUCUUGCAUGAAAUCUAUCAAAAUGAUCCCUGGCAGAGCUCAAAAAUGCGACGCCCAAAAAUGUGAUGGCACAUAUGGAACCCCAUACUUUAGAUUUAUACCUAAAUUUAUAGUCAUUGGUGAUACAUACAUUAUAGCAAAUAUUUUGCCUCAAUUUACACACUUUUCAUAAACAUC